AUGGCCACCGCCAUAUCGGUGAGAAUACCAGCUGGUAAACUAGGUACAGUUCGUGUUGAUCGAACUAUCGAUGUUUAUCCAGCUUCAAUAACAAAUGAUGAAAAUAAUUUUAAUUCAAAAUCUGCAACAUCAUGUAUUCCAACAAUGGCAUCACAUCGUCAAUUGCCUAAAACAACUAGAACAGAAAGUCCAAUACCAUUUAUUAUUGAUCAUAAUGAACAAGAACAACAAAAUGAAGAACAUUGUUAUGUACCUAUUACGAAAUGGAUUGAUAAUACAAAUGGUAACAAUAAUAAUAAUAAUAAUAAAAAUAAUAAUCUCGAUGAUGAACAAAUGUCUGAUAUAGCAGUUAUUUAUUCAUUAGUUCGACAUGCAUCAAAAUGUCGAACAUCAUCACCACCAAAAAUAAUCGUUUCACCAACAUCAACAAAUAAUAAUAAUAUAUCUCGUUCAAAUAUAAAUAAAAUUUGUACAUUAGAAGCUCCAUUGACACCUGUUGUAACUCAUACAUCGAAACAAGCACAAAUAAAAACAUUAUCAUCAACACGUUCAACUAUUAAUUCGAUUCCAACAUCAACAUCAGUUUCAACUUCAACACCAUCUUAUUUAGAUACAAGUCUAUCACCACCAAUACCAUCAUCAGUACGUAUACAAUCAUCAACAUCGUUUACAUCACAUGAUCGACCAACAAUACCAAUUAUUGCUAUAAAACCUCGACCAUAUUCAUUUCGAACAUCGAAUUAUUCACAAAAUGAAAUAUCAAAAAUACAAACAAAUACUAAUAAUAAUGAUACUAAUACGUCUCAACCAGUACGUUCACGUCGUUCAUUUCGAACAGCACCACGUAAUGUUAUUGAGCGACAAAUAUCAAAUAUAACAGGACGUGUAUCACAAUUACAUGAUUCAUUUCUUGCGCGUCUAUCAGAUUUAACAUCGAGUACAAGUAAUCGUCAUCGAAAUCGUUCAUUAUCAUCGAUACAUUCUCAAACAGUUAAUACUAAUAAUGUAAAUGAAACUGAUCUACGUUUAAUACAAAAUACACGUCAUCAACGACGGUCAGUUAAACCACGACCGAAAUCGGAAACUUAUGAUGAUCAUCAUCGUGUCAAUGCAGCUGGUUCUUAUGCUCAAUUAACUCUUCUUGGUCAACCAAAAAUAAAUCCAACAUCAACACAAAAAAUAAUUCCAGCUGAUAAUCAAAAUGGUCGUGUAUCGUUUCGAACAAAUACUCAAACGAUUUCCGUACCUGAACGUUCAAAUAGUACAACAAGUACACAUUCAAUAUCAAUUACAGUUGAUACAAAAAAACUCAAAGAAAAUUGUGAACGAAUUACGAAACAACUUGAAAAAUCAAAAGCAGAUCUUGAUCGACAACGAGCUAAAGGUCCAAGUCAUAAUCCGACAAAAGUAGCAUUUAUUGAAAAUCAAAUUCGACAAUAUGAACAACAAUUAAAUGAAAUUAAACGACGUUUAGAUCAUGUGGAAUCAUCAAUUGACGUUUCACCUGUUAAAUCAAGUUUUAAUGUUGAAAAUCUUGGUAAUCAACCAAAUACAUUUAUUGAAUCAUCAUCCAAUCGAACAUCAACUCUAUCAGAUGGCAUUAGUGAUUGCAAGAAACAGAAUACAUUAUCUGAAUCAACAAUUUUACAAAUGAUGACUGUGGCUAUUCCGAUAGUACCAUCGACUACAGUCACUUCACCAAUACAACAGUUAAAACGUAAAUUACAUUCUGGUAGAUCUGAGAAUUAUGAUUUAAUAAAGUGGUAUAUCAAUAAUCAACAUGGAGAUUCAUCAAAUACAAUGCUUGCAACCGAUGAUAGACAUACACAUCGAGAUACAAUCGAUAAUGAUGAUGAAGUUACUGAAAUACAAUCAAAAACAUCGAUAUCAUCGUUUGACGAUAUUCAACAAUUUAUAAAUACAUCUAAUUGGGCACCAUUAAGUGUUUUUCUUAAUUUUCUUUUUACUGACCCAAACAGUGAUCCUAGUUAUUUGUUAUUCUAUAUAUUAACUGAAGAAUUACGUAUAAAAAAAGCAGAAAAUCGAAGCGAAUUAAUACGAUGGAUAUUUGAAAUUCAUUCCACAUUCACUAUGAAUGGCAGCCCCUUGUAUAUUGGCCUUCCUCAAUCACAAACAGAUUCAAUAAAUCGAUGUUUAGAAGCUCAACAACAAGAAACAAAUGAAGAUAUUAAAUUUAUAUUUAAUGAUGCAAAAGAAUUUGCACGAUCAAUUAUAAGCGAUCGACAAUUACCUGAUUUUAAUCAUAAACGAACGCUCGGUGUUUUUCGUGAUAUUGAUUUUCCAUUCAUAUCAAAACAAAAUCAUUUCGUUGAAGAAUUACUUCGAUCGAAAUUUGAAUCAUAUUAUAAAGCAAAUAUUGAUGAUUGGAACAGUACGAGAAAUUCAAAAGAUCUUGCAUUAAUAUGUUCAUUAGCUACAUUUUUUAAACGUUGUGAUAUUAAAAAAUGUGGAAACAUUCCAUUGGAAAAAAUUCCAAAAUUUCUCGAUCGAGAACAAAGACGUUUAUUAUCAAAAUUACCACGAUCAACACAAGCUAAACGAAUUAAAGAUCAUCAAUUAAAUGAACAUCAAUUUACAAGUCAAACAUUAUGUAAAGUUUGUUCAAAACCAUUAUGGGGAAUUAAUUAUCAAGGGUAUUUAUGUGGAUAUUGUCAACAAUCAUUUCAUCGUGAAUGUGCAUUAAUAAGUGAAAAAUGUUCAAAAGAUCGAAAAACAAAUAGUAUUACACAUCCUGUUCAAAUGAAACCACGAAAAACACCAAAACCUAAUUCAAGUCCAACAAGAACUGCAAGUUUAAAUGAAGGACGAGCAGGAAGUAUUCCAUAUGAUAAUUAUGAAAAUGUGUCAGGUACAAAUGAAGGAAAUGAUGUGAUAAGUGCAAAUUUAUUAUCUAUACAAGAACAGAAUAAAAAUUCAAAUUUGGGGCGACGUUUUAGUGAUCGACAAGUAGCACCUAAUCGACCAGCAUCUAAACAUCGUUCAAGCAGUGAAAGCGACGAUAGUGAUGAGGGUAAUCCACAAAUGGGUGGAAAUACAAUUGAUGAACUCCUUAGUCGUGGUGAUAGUGAUAUAUCUAUUCAACAACACGAUUUAAUAAAUCAAAAAAUAAGUUCAAUUGAUACAACAAGUCCUGAAACAGUUACUCAACUAACAACAACAUAUGGUGAUAGUGAUCUUGAAGCUGAUGUGAAUACAUUACCAAAUUUAAGUGAUUUUAUUCCAACUGAUGUUCUUCAAGCAUUAUAUCAAUCACGUGAAUGGAAAUUACAAACAACAAUAAAUGAAUUAAUUCAUACUGAACGUACACAUUUAAAAGGUUUAAAAAUAAUGAAAAAAUGUUUUCGAGAACCAAUGGAACGUUUUCCUGGCAUGAGUCCUGUUGAACUUGAUUGUAUAUUUCGAAAUCUUGAUCAUCUUAUUGAUUUACAUACUCAAUUUAAAUAUGCAUUACGUCAACAUCGCGAAGAAGCAAAAGAUCAUGUUGUUCGUCAUAUUGGUGAUUUAAUUCUUAAAUUUCUUGAUCGUGAUAAAGGUGAACAAUUUGCUCGUGCAUGUGCUUAUUUUAUUGAAGAUCAAUCACAAGCAUUAAAAUUAAUUAAAAAGAAAGAACAAUCAGCAGAUUUUGCAUCACUUAUGCGAGGAUGUGAAUCAAAUCCUUUAUGUCGUCGUUUAACAUUAAAAGAUUAUUUACCAUCGGUUAUGACACGUUUUACAAAAUUAAAAAUGUUAUUCGAAGCAAUGAAAAAAUUUGUUUCGGAUGAUGAAAUUGAAAGUGAAAAAUUAAGUAAAUGUGUUGAGUGUGCUGAUAACAUAUUAAAACGUAUGAAUUAUGCACGUUUAAAAAAAGAACAAGAAGCUUUAUUAAAACAAAUUAAAUCAAAUCUUGAAACACAAAUACCAAAUGAUGAUAAAUCUAUGAAUUUACAAAAUCUUCAAGAUUGUCUUGAAAUAACAAAUAAUCGUUUAAUUUAUUCAGGUACAUUAAAAUUAUUACCUGAUACAACAACACAAAAAACGGAAUUUGAAUGUUGUCUUUUUACGGAUAUAUUUGUUUUUUUUCAAAAAAUACCUAUACAACCAUCGGAACAACGUGGUAUUGAUGAACCAUAUCGUUAUGUUUUAAAAGAACAUCAACGUGAUGCUAAUAUUGGACGUCAUACACGACCACGAGCAGCUGUACCUGGUGCACGAUAUACUGCAGCACAAAAUUUUAUUUUAACACCUAUUAUUCGACUCGAACAUUUAUUAAUUAAGAAGAAAGCAUGUGGAGGUGCUCGCUCGUUUUAUGUUAUUGAUACUGAUAAAAAACAAUUAAUUGAAGUUGAAGCUAAUUCAAAAGAUGAUCUCGAAAAAUGGUUAGAAUGGAUUGAAAAAGCUCGAAAACCAUUUGAAAAAUCAAAAUCAUCUAUUUCAUCAUCCACUGACAAGAGUUUAAAUCCAUCUAUUACUUCUCAAUCAGCAGCUUCAUUAUCAUCAUCAAAAUCAACAACUCGAUCAGCAAUUCUUGAAGAGCAAGCAAAUAUUCAAUUAGUUGAACCAAAUCAAGUUAAAAUAAUUGAAAAACAAACAUUAAUUGAAGAUACACCAGAAUCAUUAUUAAAUGCAAUUCUUGAGAAAGACAAAGAAUUAAAACGUUUAUUACAUGAAAAAGAAAUGCUUCUUUCACGUCUUCUCAACAUUCCUGAAAAUCAAAUUAAUGAUAUACCAGGACAUAUUGCAUUAACACAUAAAUUGAAACCAAAUUCAUCAUUAGAAGCAAUAACAAAUGCUGCUAGUUAUCAUAAUCAAUUAAUACAAGCAAUAGGUCAAAGACAAAAUCGAGCAGCAGAAGACAAAAAAGUAUCAUCACUUGAAGUUCAGUCAUUAUGGACACCAUUAACUGAACUUGGUGAACAACUUACUUUAGCUUUGAAAUUAACAAAUCAACAAAAACAAGAAGGACCUUUAUUACGUGAAUAUCGUUUACAAGUUUCAGAUACUGAAAAUCCAAUUUUACGACAAAAUAGUAAUUCAAAUUUAAAAGAUUCAUUAUCAAUGUCAUCUCUUCAUUCAUCUGAAUCACUUGGUUCAGUUGCAAUACCAUCACAAACACAAACAUUUAAUGAAUUAAUAAAUUUUGAUCCACGAUCACCAUCAUUACCUAGUGAACAAUUAUCAUCUAUAACUGAUUUAGACGAAACUAUGAAAUCACCAUUAUCAUCAUCAUCAUCAUCAUCAAAACCUAAAUCACAACAAUUACAUAUGGCAACAGAAGUUAUUGAACGUUAUGAUGAAGGAGUAUUUGAUGAUGGUAAUACAAGUCAAGCAGAAGAAGAUGAAAAUAAUAGUGCUGUUAUGGCUGAUAGUGACGAUGAAGAUGAAAUUGAGCAUUUUGAUUCAACUGAUAGUAUUAUUGUUUCUGUUGAGAAUGCUCGACAACAAUCAAAUGAUUGUUUAUUACAAACAAAUAAUAUUCAAACUAAUUUGGAUAAUUCAAAUAAUAAUUCAACAGAAGCUCAAACAGUUAAUUUUGACAUCUUUGAAGAAGUUUAUGACAAUGUAAACUCUAAUGAUCCUUCAAUGAAUAAUGAUAAUGACAAAACUACAUUACGCAAUGCCAGCGAUGCGUGA